UACAAAGGGCCAGUGCCUCCUCACUACAAAAAGGCAGCGACCCACCCGCGUCCUUGGCGUACUUUGUCUCUGGCAUUCACUCCACGGCGACUUCCUUCACGACCGCGAGAACGCGAAACUGCACGACCGGUAUAUAACCGCCAGGACUAGAACCCAGCGCGCGACUGUAGAGAUCGCGACGACGCGUCGGUGAACGGCGGACCACAUACGCAACUCAACUUGCGCCACCACCUCCACACCAUGUUCGAGAUACAGCCACAGACUAUCGCGCUCGCUCUGCUGCUGGGCACGCUGCUUGCCUACGCCAAGCACCGCAUCGCGAACAAGGGCAACAGCGGCGUGCCCCUCCCUCCCGGGCCCAAGGGCCAUUGGCUAUGGGGCGUCUCCAUCCCCGACGCCUUUGCGUACCGCUUCUUCGAGACCCAGACGCAGAUAUACGGGCCCAUCUUCUCCUACCGCCAGGGCCCCUUCUCGCCGGUGACAGUCGUGAUCGGGCGCAUGAAGGCAGCGGUGGAGAUCAUGGAGAAGGAGGGCGCGGCGACAAUGGACCGCCCGCGGCAGAUCGCAGCGGGCGAGACGCUGAGCGGGGGCAUGCGCCUGCUGCUCACCCCCGCCGGCGAGCGCUUCCGCAAGCUGAGGAAAGCCCUGCACUCGCACCUGCAGCCGAAGAGCAUCGCGACGUACGCGCCGACGAUGAUGGCGAUGGCCAAGCAGCACCUCUUCGACAUCGUCGACGACCCCGAGCGCCACCAGGACCAUGCCAAGCGGUACGCUGCCGCCGUCGUGAUGGUGCUCGCGUACGGCAAAGUGCCGAAAGGCUUCGACGAUCCGGAGGUGCAGGCUGUCAACAGGUGUCUAACGCGCCUGGGCGUAUCCCUGCGCCCCGGAGUUUGGAAGGUGGACGUCUAUCCCUGGUUGAGAUUCAUCCCGGGGUAUCUGCGGUGGUUGCAGGACGGACACCAGGAAGAGCUCAACCUCUUCAAGACGCAGCUCGAGCUAGUUAAGCAGCGGAAGGCGCGCAACGACCCGUCGCUGAAAGAGUGUUUCGGCAUCUACGUUAUCGAGCAGCAGCAGGCGCUCGGGCUGUCUGAUGGGGAGGCCGCCUACCUUGCAGGCUCAAUGUUUGGCGCGGGCUCUGACACGACCGCGUCCGCGAUCAGCGUGAGCGUGAUGGCGGCGGCGACGCACCCAGAGGCGCAGGAGAAGGUCGCUCAGGAGCUGGAGACAGUCAUCGGGAGGGGGAGGGCCCCCACGUACGCGGACAAGGACUCCCUACCGCAGACCAUGGCCUUCGUCCUCGAGUCCUUCAGGUGGCGGCCCGUCACCGCGGCCGGCGGCGCGCACAAGGCAACCAAGGACAUCAUCUGGGAGGGCUACCGCAUCCCCGCCGGCGCGACCGUCUACGGCAACGUCUGGUCCGUCGGCCGCGACCCCGCCUACUUCCCCGACCCCGAGGCGUUCAACCCGCAGCGCUGGCUCGACGAGGCGGGCCGGCUGCGCGACGACAUGAAGAACUACCCGUUCGGCUUCGGCCGGCGCGUGUGCCCGGGCUCGCACAUGGCGACCGCGUCCGUGUUCCUCAACACGGCGCUGCUGCUGUGGGCGUUCAAGCUCGAGUCGGACCCCGCGCGGCCGAUUAAUGUGCUGGCGUUUACGGAGAGCGCGAAUGCGCACCCGCAGCCGUUUGCGGUGAGGUGGGAGUCGAGGUUUAGGGGGAAGGAUGGGAGGCCGCUGAACUGGCAGGAGGGUGGGGAGGCGUUGCGGGAGGCGCUUGAGGGGUAUGGGGUGGAGUUCUAGGUUGGGCGAGGGUGGGGCGGUCGACGGCAGGUGGCUUACUUGGUUGCUGGAUGCGCUUGGAGUGGUCGUCGAUGGCACGACUUUUCGAGAUGGUUUAGAUGGAUAGCUGGUGCGUAUAGAGGAAUUAUAUGUUGCCGACUAGUUCUGUAGGAUUACGCACGUUCUGUCUGGACUCUGUACAACAGUAUAUCUAUUGAGUAGCUUUAUGAAGCCGUGCUUUUACAUGCUU